AAAAAGAAAAUUCCAAACUCCAAACUUCUCUGCGUCUCACACUGUUGGAUUCACUACGAUCACGUUCUUAUAUUAUUUUAAAAUUUUAUUUGCAUUUUUUUAUGUUAUUAAAUAUUCUUUUAACUAUACGCCAGAAUCAAAAUCCUCUUUUCUGCGAUGACGACUGGCACGUUGUUCAACACAUCCGGAAUCGCCGGAGACGCAUCUUGCCAUCACCGCCGGUAAUAAUCACUCCCUCCCUCCACGGCGGCGCCACCCUUCCCAUCGAAUCAUAAAGCCCUCAGAACGGAAAAAAAAGAGAAGAAAAGUAUUCAAGUCUGUUCAAUUCUUUCCACCUCCCGUCGUUUACGCAAUCAUCGUUCCCACUCGUCGUUUUCCGCGUUUCGUUGAAUUCCCCAAUUCCCACUCCCCUCUUUUUUUUUAAGGGGGAAAAAAAACCGAUUUCCCCAAUUCGCAGAAAGCAGAAGAAUAUGCUGCUCCCCAACCCGUCUUCCUCUUUUAUUCGAUCCCUAACGCUACUAUUUUAAUCAUCGCCAAUUCAAUAAUGGCCAAGUUGCUCCUUUAACACACUACACUACACUCACAUUGGGGGAAUCGAAUUCCGUUAGCGUAACUAACAAUUUUUUGUCUUCCAAUUUUCUGGUUAUGGUAACUUCUCUUGCAUCGAUGGGGUUGAAGCCGAAGAAGAAGAGCGAGGGCGAGGAGGCGGCAGCAGCACCACCACCACCACCGCGAGCGUCGAAGCGGAGCAGUAGCAACCCUCCAGUGACGAUGGAUCACGUGCUGCUGGCGUCACAGGAGACGAAGGAGGCACGUGAGAGUCGUAUUCGCGAGAUGUUCGGGUUCUUCGACAAGGAGAAUUGCGGUUACCUGGAAUACGCACACAUCGAGGCAGGGCUUUCGGCGCUUCAGAUUCCUUCGGAGUACAAGUACGCCAGGGACCUUCUGAACGCUUGUGACAAGAACAAGGAUGGGAGGGUGGACUACGAUGAGUUCAAGAAGUACAUGGAUGAGAAGGAACUUGAGCUCUACCGCAUUUUUCAAGCUAUCGAUGUCGAGCACAAUGGAUCCAUUCUCCCUGAGGAGCUCUGGGAGGCACUUGUUAGAGCAGGAAGGUUAGUCGAGAAAGAGCGACGUCUAACAUCUAAUUGGUUGGGCUAGGAUGGUUAGAUGUGCAAGUUCAAUCAACAGAACUCUACACCUGUCUUGGUUUGGAGAUAUAUGUGGCAUUCAGAGAAGCCAUUAUUAAAUGUUUAAUACUUUGCCGUAUUUCUUCAAAUUGAAAACAAUAUGUGUGCUAUAUUGUUUUUCUGUACAGGCUCCAGCAGCAUUGUGGAAAGUUGUAGGGGAAGGGCAAGUGAAAAAUAUCAUUCUCUCUAUUGUAGGGAUCCAGAUUGAUGAUAAGGAGCUCGGUCGUUUUGUUGAGCGUGUAGAUAAGGAUAACAAUGGGGUUAUUACAUUUGAAGAAUGGCGAGAUUUUCUGCUGCUUUACCCUCAUGAAGCAACUAUGGAGAACAUUUACCAUUAUUUGGAGAGGAUAUGCAUGGUUGAUAUUGGGGAACAAACUGUUAUACCUGCAGGCAUUAGUAAGCACAUUCAUGCAAGUAGGUAUUUGAUUGCAGGAGGAGUAGCUGGUGCUGCAUCACGCACAGCAACAGCCCCCCUUGAUCGCCUAAAGGUUGUAUUGCAAGUCCAGACAACACGAGCCCGUAUAAUGCCAGCUGUAAAAGAUAUAUGGAAAGAAGGUGGUUUUUUAGGAUUUUUUCGAGGCAAUGGCUUAAACGUUCUUAAGGUUGCCCCUGAGAGUGCCAUUAGAUUUUAUACCUAUGAGAUGCUGAAGACUGCCAUUGUAAAUGCUAGAGGAGAAGAGGUAAAGUCAGAUGUUGGAACUAUGGGCCGGCUGCUAGCUGGUGGUAUAGCAGGCGCUGUUGCUCAAACUGCAAUAUAUCCCAUGGAUCUUGUUAAAACACGACUACAAACCCAUGCUUGUGAAGGUGGAAGGAUUCCUAGUCUUGGAACUCUGUCCAGAGAUAUAUGGGUUCAAGAAGGACCACGUGCAUUUUAUAGGGGACUGGUUCCUUCACUUCUGGGGAUUAUCCCGUAUGCUGGUAUAGAUCUUGCUGCAUAUGAGACCUUGAAGGAUAUGUCCAAGAAGUAUAUUCUUCAUGAAGGAGAACCUGGUCCUCUUGUGCAAUUGGGAUGUGGUACUAUAUCGGGAGCCCUUGGAGCGUCAUGUGUUUACCCAUUGCAGGUCAUCAGAACAAGAAUGCAGGCUCAAAGUACUUAUAGUGGAAUGGGUGAUGUAUUCAGGAAAACCAUGAAACAUGAAGGGUUUAGGGGAUUCUACAAAGGAAUAUUCCCUAACCUACUCAAAGUGGUGCCAUCGGCAAGUAUCACUUACUUGGUCUAUGAGUCUAUGAAAAAGGGUUUGGAUUUGGAGUGAAGAACUCUACUCGUGCAUCUGCUUCAUUUGAAGAUAUUACUAUUAUUGACAUGGCUGACUUUUGCAAAUGUUGGAAUUGUUUUGCAAUGAAGACAAUGAUAAUGAUGACAAGAAUAAAGUAUACAAUUGAUUAUUAGGACAAUUGUCUAAAUUCAUUCAUAUAAUAGCAUUGUUUCUUCAAAAUUCUUGGGAGGACGAAAUUGGUUUGUCCUGCAUGGUGCUUCAUGAAAAUAAUGUGAAGCUACAUAUCCAUUAGCACAUUUUGUUGUAUGAUAGAGAGAGGCAUACGGAUCAGAGGAUUCGAUUUUGUAAUUGUAAUUUGUAAUAUUUAGUGGCUCAUAUUGAUAUUUUACUCGUAUAAUUGAUUUUAUUUCUAUUUUUA